ACGCUAUUUUAAUUUGACGCCACGGACAUUCUCUUUGAGGCUGUUUCGGCGAAAGUUUUCCAAGCUUUGGUAUAGCACGGAAAAGUUCUGUUAUUGAAACCAUGUUGUCAAAGAUACGAAGAUUUCGAGGACAAAGCGUUCUUUUUCUAGCAGUUACGGUUGUUUUUCUGGUAUUUCUUUAUUCUCGGAAACGAGAAGGAAAAGCAAACGUCACUAUUACAAAGCCAGUUAAGACUCUCUUUGUCACCGGCUGGUAUGGACAACUUAACAACAAUCUACUUCUCAUCAUUAAUGCACUAUUCGUUGGUGGUUUAAUUAAUCGGAAAGUCGUUUGUUCCAAGAACGAGAUGUUUGACUUUUUCGAUUUUUCUCUUUUCGAACAAUAUGGAAUGUUUGUAGAACAGUCAAAGGAAGAUAUUCAAACGAAUGGAACUACAAAGAUCGACAAACUACGGGGCAUUUUAUUGGAAGAUCCUGCUGUUCUAGCUCUCUAUAUCAAUAGCGGGAAUCAUUUGCAAAAGCAGCUAGCUUUUUCACUAUUACGUUGGAAUGAGAAACAUUUAAGCUUCAUGGAAUUUGUUUUACGAGACUUAGGUCUUACUAAACGUAAUUUUGUCGCCGUUCAUUUAAGAAACCUAGACCUAGAUUGCCAUUUGUUUAUUGCAAACUACCCGAAAUGGAUCGGAGAAAGAGUGAAUGCUUCUUGUCCAUGGAAUGUUUCUACAGUUUCGAAGAUUGUUUCAGACUUGCAGUUGAAUCAGAUGCCCUUGUUUAUUGCUUCUGAUGGACAAGCACCAACAGUCGAUAAUGGAUUUUUCGAAAGGGAGGUAAUUUCACUGGGAAACUUCUCAUCCGAGUUAAAGAUUCCUGCAAAGUAUGUGGAUCUAUUUGUACUUUCUGAAGCAAGAGUUCUUUUUGGUAAUUUUAUCAGCACCUUUUCUAACAAUGCUGCUUCUAUGAUGAUGACGAAGUAUCCACAGAAUGUGGUUAUCUUUUCAUCCCCUCCAUUGUGCGAAGCUGGCAAAAGUUUUUGGCAGUGUUCCAGAUUUGCCUUUUGGUGCAUGUAGUCAGCUUCUUCGUUUCACGAGUAAAUGCAUUCUUACAACGUUAUUGGAAAUUCUAACUUUGAGUAUAGGUAGUAUUUAAAUAUUUUUUGAAGUCGAAGUUUUUCAACCCUCUUAUAAUAAACUAUAUUUUGUUUAA